ACCCCCCACGGCGCGAGGAUGGUGGAAGGUCCCGGCUGCGCGCUGAACGGGGAGAAGAUCCGGGCCCGCGUGGCCCCGGGACAGGCGGUGCGGGGCGUGCGGGGAAGAGCCUUGUCGAGGCCCCCGUCCGGGUUUGCCAUCGCGACAGGACGAGGCGCCGCAGCAGCAGCAGCAGUCUCUUCCCCUAACGCGAUGAUUGGGAAUAAAUUAUCCAGUCAAGACUUCUUGAGUGUACUUAAUGGAUGUGUUUACAGUAGUGUGGAAACUCUGGGGAAGGAGCUGUUCAUGUAUUUUGGACAGAAAGCCUUGAGGAUCCACUUUGGCAUGAAUGGUUCUUUGCGUAUAAAUGCAGAUGCAAGCCAGAACAGAAGUGGAGAAUUGGCAGUUCUGGAAAUACAACUUACUAAUGAUUUGGUUUGUUUCUAUGAUGCAACUGUUGAGCUUAGGAAUGCUGCUGAAUGUGAACAGAAAGUCAGAAUGCUUGAAAAUUUGGAUGUAUGCUCUCCAAAAUUUAGUUUUUUAAGAGCAGAAGGUGAAAUUAAGAAGCAAAAGGGACGUAUGUUAUGUGAUGUGUUGCUCGACCAGGCAAUCCUACCUGGUGUGGGAAACAUAAUAAAGAACGAAGCACUUUUUGACAGUGGUCUCCAUCCAGUUGUUAAAGCCUGUCAGCUAACGGAUGUGCAAGUACAUCACUUGGUGAAAAUGACUCGGGAUUUCACGCUACUCUUUUAUAAGUGUCGCAAGACGGGAUCAGCAUUGUAUAAGCAUUACAGGGUGUACAAGCGCCCUAACUGUAGUCAAUGCAGAGCAAAGAUCAUUGUGUGCCGCUUGGGAGAGAAUAACAGAAUGACAUACUUCUGUCCUCUGUGCCAAAAGGACAAGCCUCAGCUUGUGGAUCCUGGCAAACUGCCAGGAAGAAAUGGUUUAAUUGGCUGGGCGUACAGCAGGGGGUCGUCUUGUAAGGAACAAGUUGCUCAGGAAUCGGAAGGGGAGUGGGCCUGUGCACUCUGCACUCUGAUAAACAAGCCGUCUGUCAAACUCUGUGAUGCAUGCCUGACUCCCAGGCCUGAGCUUCAAGAAAUACAGAAGAAUGAAGCUUUGGCAGCCUUUAACAGCAGCUUAAUCAAGUAUCCAUGUAAUAACUUUGGAAAACCAAGGGGAGAAAUUAAGAUCAACAGGAAAACUGUGUUUGGGACAACAACAUUGGUGCUGUCAGAUUUUGCUAGCAAAUUGCCUCUGCCGAAGCAUAAUGGAAGCAGAAGUCUAACUCCAGAUGGAAACUCUCUGUGUGAUUCUUCACGAAAUGAUUAUAACAGCGCCAACCACCAUGCUGUAAAUACACCCGUAUCAUUCUCCCAUCAAUAUAAUUCUUUAAAGCCGGCACAGAAGAAACAGAAGAUUGAUUCCUCAUCUUCAUCUGUUGGGACGAUCAAUGAGAAUUUAGCAAUCAGAGCACCUCCAGUUAAUAUGACAGAUGGUUCUUACACAUUAAAUGCUGGCAGCCCUCGCUGCAGUAAACACAGCCGCUUCUGCGUUCUUCGCGUGGUGAGGAAGGACGGCGAAAACAAGGGCAGGCAAUUUUAUGCUUGUCCUUUACCCAGAGAAGCCCGGUGCGACUAUUUUGAAUGGGCAGACCUGCAUUUUCCCGUCUGCAAUCACGGGAAGCGCAGCAUUAUGAGGACGGUGUUGAAGAUUGGCCCUAAUAAUGGAAAGAAUUUCUUUGUGUGCCCUCUUGGGAAGGAGAAGCAGUGUGACUUCUUCCAGUGGGCAGAAAAUGGUCCAGGAAUGAAGAUUAUCCCAGGAUGCUGAGCAAUUCAUCUCCAAUACACCAUCUGACGUUAAUCUUCUCAAACUGUGUGUACAACGCUGCUCUUCUCUGGGAGAUACUUUAGGAGGGUCAUGAUCAAGUGGUAUCUUGCGAUUGCAAAUCCAUCUAGAUUAUACAUUUGGACAUGCUUUCUUUUGUUCCCUCCUUCUAACUGCCUCUGUGAUGUGUUUUAGCUAUCUAACACUAGAAUCUCUCAUAUGGAAGGGUUAACAUAUCUGAACAAUACCCAGUCAUCUCUUUUGUUGUCUUGUUUCCUGGCCAAAAAAUAAAAUAAAAAAUUGUUUAAAUACAAUCUUCAGGAAUUAUCUGGAUUUAGUUGUCUCUCACAAUGUGCUACAAUCCCUCAACAAAACAUACAUUUUUAGUCGGAGUUUGUACAUGUUGUUUGUCCUUCAGCGCUUCCCCCACUCCCAAUUCUUAAGCUGUGCUUCCAUAAACAUUUAUAUUUCAAUGCAUUUAAGAUGAAUAGAUUUUAAUACACUUUGUAAUCAGUUAUGAAAGAUUAAUAUAUUCAAUAAACUUGUUUCUAGCAA